AUGUUCCGAACAGCGGCCGUUUUUACCGUACUUUUUGUGUUUGUGGCCGCAAGAUUGCAUGGUCUAGAGAAAGAAGUUGCCAUUCAAGAUCUACAGCUGCUCAAUCAGUUCCAAGGUUUUGCCCAGACGUAAGUUCCGCUCAAUACGGUAAUUAAAUCCCAUUGCUUUAUCUGAAGCACCAUACUCGAAAAAUUUUUUUAGCUACAACAAAAAGUAUGACUCCCUUGAAGAAGCCAGAGAGCGAUUCCAGAUCUACAAAGCUAACCAACUUCAAGUCCAAUACUUUCAACAACUAGAGCAAGGGACGGCAGAAUUUGGAGAAAAUAAAUUCAUGGACAUGACCGAUGAACAGUUUGAACAGAACGUUCUCUCAACCAUUAUUAAAGACCCUCUGGCUGUCUCGAAGAAGCUUGCUUUGGCCGAUAUUGAGACUUCCGAAGAGCUUCCGCAAUCACAUGAUUGGAGGGACCACGGAUUAGUGAACCGAGUCAAGGAUCAAGAACAGUGUGGAUCUUGCUGGGCGUUCUCCGUGGUCGGAAAUAUUGAAGGACAAUGGAAAAGAAAGACCGGAGAACUGAUCAGCCUCUCGGAGCAGGAAUUGGUCGACUGCGACUUCAAAGAUCUGGCUUGUAAGGGAGGAGAAAUGAAUUGGGCUUAUGGGUAAGUAAUUGGCAUUCGUACAGUUCUCUAUAUACCAUAAGUAGAACAACGCAGCGCGCAAAGUGCUCGAUGUGCAACAGAUAAUUAGGCAGGUGUUCUCUUUGCGCCUCUUAUUAAAUUCAGAAACUUUCAAAUCGCUUUUUAGAUGGUAGUCAGAAGUUUAAAAAUCUUUGCAUAUGAGCAGCACGGCAAGGAGCAUCUUGUUAAAAAUUGUGAGAAAACGAUUGACCUUCAAAUUUCAGAGAAAUCAUUCGAAUUGGCGGUUUGGUGAAGGAAGAAGACUAUGAAUACGUUGGUCAGAAAUGUUUCUGCCGCGUGGAUGAACAUCCUAUUGUCACCUACAUCAACGACUCCCUCCAAUUACCAGCCAAUGAAGAAGCGAUUCGUCAAUAUCUUUUUAAAAACGGCCCAAUUUCCAUUGGACUGAAUGCAAAGACUCUAAAGCAUUAUAAACAUGGAAUCCACCAUCCCUUCCAGUUCCUCUGCAAACCCGAGGACACAAAUCAUGCGGUGCUAUUGGUCGGAUAUGGAGAGGAAAGCGGGAAACCCUACUGGCUUCUGAAGAAUUCAUGGGGAGAAUCCUGGGGAGAGAAGGGAUACUUCAGGGUGUUCAGAGGAAAAAAUGUAUGUGGAGUAGCCGAAUACGCAACUUCGGCAAUCAUUUAUUAG